GGUGGGUGUGUCGUCGCAGAACCUGCCCCGCGCCUUCGCUUUGUCUCGACUUCAGGCGCCCCCGUCCACUCGGUGACUGCUCUUGUCGCCGACGCGCACACUCUCCAGCGCGAGAACCAGGAGCUGCGCGCCCAGUACGAACUCGUCUCAGCGCACAAUGCGGGCUUGGCUACUCACGCGUCCGCGCUGCAUGACCGCAAUCUCGCGAUCUUGCAUCGUGCUCGCGAGGGUUAUCGCGCAGGCAUGAUCCGGCUCGAGCAGGCGCUCUUCUCCUGGGAGCACGCCGAGCGGGACUACGCAGUCCUGGAGGGCCAAGUGGCCGACUUCCGCGCUCGUGCUAAGCGCGCCGACGCUGCCGAGGCUCUACUCCGCGCCGAGCGAGGCUCCUCGACAAAGCAAUAUCGUGAUCUUCAAACUCAGCUCCGGGCGGCACGAGACCAGGCGGGCGCGACGACGCGCGCGCCGAGCGUUACGGCCUUCGCGUCGACCUCGCAGCCGCCCAAGCCGCCCUCGCUCCUGUCCAAGCGCGUGGCCGCUGCCGAAGCUGAACGAGAUCACAUGCGGCAGCUCGUGGCCACUGCCGAGCAGCAGCGCGACGCCGCUCUCGCCGAGCGUGACCGCGUAACCCCCGUUCUCGUGGUCGUCGAGCAAGAGUGUGACGGGGCCCUCGACAUGCGGGAUCAAGUGCGUCGAGCCUCCACGGCCCUGAGACGCGAGCGAGACGAUGCUGUCACCAAGAGGGACCAGGCACGUCGAGCCGUGGCCGCCCUUGAGCAGUGGCGAGACGCUGCCGUCGCCGAGAGAGAUCAGGCUCGUCAGGCCUUGACCGCUCUGGAGCAGCAGCGCGCCCCGGUCGACGAAGAGCUCCGCGCGGCCCUGGCCCAUGCCGAGGAGCUCCGCCGCAGCGCGACGUGUAUCCACGAGCUGAAGAAGUCAGUGGCUACUGCUACGACUCUCCGUGUGGCCGCCGAGUCCGAGAUGGCGCAGGCUCAAGCCGGCGAACUUUGCGCCACAUCUCGCGCGGCGCAGUAUCGAGCUGGGUGGCUGUCCAUUCGGCGGUCGUCUCAGCAGCGUCGAGGACCGGUCGGCGCCCAGACCCAUCGUCUCAGAACUCGCGUCGCCGAGCUGGAGGAGGAGCGCGACUUGGCCAUCCGAGAGCGCGACGAACGCGCUGUGGCUUGGCGUCGGAUGCUUCGAGACGCGCGUCGGGGCCGAGAGCUGGCGCUGUGGGUGCGCGACGAGCUUGCCGAUCGUCUCGCCGGCGUCGUAACGCGUGUAGGCGGGCAGAUCGACACCGCUGACCUGGUCAGGCGACUCGAAGCCACUUUCACGGCGGAGAUCGACGGUGCGAUCCCCCUCCCCCCUGCUAUUCCUACGUCCGCAGCAGUUCCUGCGGCAUCCGCGGUUCCUGUUCCUGCUUCAACUGCGUCGAGCUCUGGUGCCCGGGCGGGCUCGUCGGCUUCGACGGCGGGCUCGACGACUGGCGCUUGCCCUCCAGCAGGUCCUUCGGGCUCCCGUCCUGUUCCGACUUCGUUCGCUGCCUCGUCCUCGUCGGGUUUUCGGCGACCUCGACACGGCGCGUCGAGUCGUGUGGGUUCUCAGUCACACGCGUCUAGGCCGUCAGGAGUGGCUUCCGCUACGUCGUCUGGUUCUUCGCCCCUUCGACGAAGUCGGCGGCCCUCUACCGUGGCCGACACUGCGGCUUCCGACAACGCCGCUGCGCAGGCCUCAUCUGCAGCUACGCCCUCUGUGGCCGCUGCAGCUGCAGCGCGCGCACGAGAGGACGCGUCGCUCUUCGGCUCCGAGUCUUCGGACAGCGAGGACCAAGCGCGGCGAGCUCAGUCCAAGCGCCGCCGGCUGCAUAGCCCCGGGUCUCGCUCACGGUCGCCGGCGCGUCCGCCUCCUCGUUCGCCGUCACGGUCGCCGGCGCGUUCGCCUCCACGUUCGCCGUCACGUUCCUGGACACCGUUCUGCUUCGCGUUCGCGUUCCCGCUCGGCCUCUCGUUCGCGUUCGCACUCGCCUCCACGCUCGCGCUCGCGUUCUCGCUCGCCCUCCUUGGCGUCGACGCGUUCGGCCGGCUCAACGCGUUCGGCGCACGCGGCGGGGUCGGCGGCCUCGCGUCACUCUUCUCCUGCACGGCCGACGCACUCCUCGCUGAGGGGCCGAGCGGCAGACGGAGCUGGACCAGGCCCUGUUGCGACGUCUCGUCCGCUUCCUCGUCAUCCCGCGCCUCGUCCUCGAGCACCGCCUCCAGCGGCUCGGCGGGGAGUGCUCCGGCGGCGCCCUUCUUCGACCCUGUGAUUCCGCCUGCCGGAACUCCGUCUGGCUGGCGGCAGCCUCGCGAGUUGCGUACGCUCUUCCUGCCGCCGCCCGGCUGGAUCAUUCCGCGCCGUGUUCCCCCCGCGCCUGCGAACUGGAACCGCGCCCUCGUGACUCUGGCCAACGUCGACGCGCUAUACGCGACUCGGCCAUGGCGGUACCUCGCUCAAGCCGCUGAGGCGCUUCUCUUCGCGUCCGGCGACCCGGCGUUCCGCCCAUUCCUACGUCGGCUCCGGCACCACAUCGAGCACUGGGCUCAGGCGUACUGGGAGGCCACCCAUGAGCUCUUCGUGCAGGGCGCGGCGUGGAAAAGGUGGCGCACGGCGCGCAACUCGCGUCGCUCACACGCGGGCAACCACCUCAACAGCCUGUUGCAGCUGGUGGUCGGGCUGUUCCAGCAAGGGCUCGCAGACAUGGACCUCUUGCUGGACCCAAUGAUGCUUCACUUUCCGCCCGCGCACACGUCGAUCGGACGGUGGUAUCCAGGCCUCCAGCACGCGACGUUGCAAGCCACGCUCGACGACAUCGACACGCAGGAGCCCUGGCGCCGGUUCUAUCGGACGCCGCUCACUGUGGCCGAGAUGGACGCCAACCCUUGA